UUUAGUCACGGGGCGUCGCUGUGAUGGUUUCGUUCUGUUCUGCAAGCUGCGUGCGGUUUUCAUUUCUCCCAAAAUUGUUAUUAUUGACAUGAGGAUUUGAUUAUGUAGUAUAUUCACUCGCCUAGUUACUGUAGGUUUACGUCUUUGGUUUUGCUUCUCUGAAGCGAGUUAAUUUGGUGUCUGCCUGGCGCGCAUCGUUUCGCUCAUGGCUUUUGUCGUUUGUUUUGGUUUUCUGGUGAAUGGCUAGCUAGACCUUAGCCAGCUGGGUAGCAUGCCUGCUAACCCUUCGGCUCUCGUGACAGCGCCGCGCAUUUACACUCGUGUCAGAGUACUUGGUGAAAUUUAUUUUAUUUAACUAGCUGGUUUGCGUACGCGUAGGACCAAGUGGUAUUUCUGACCUGCGCUGCGCCGGCCUCGAAUGUCAUGGUUACCAGGAGCCAUGUCGUGCCGGUCGAAAGUCGCUCCGAGCGUCGAGUUUGACCAUAGCUGCUCCGACAGCGUCGAGUACCUGACCCUGAACUUCGGGCCCUUCGAAACCGUCCACCGCUGGGGGCAACUACCGCCAUGCGACGAGUUCGUCGGGGCCAGACGCAGCAAACAUACUGUCGUGGCUUAUAGGGAUGCCAUUUAUGUCUUCGGUGGAGAUAAUGGGAAAAAUAUGUUGAACGAUCUGCUGCGAUUCGACGUGAAAGACUGCUCUUGGUGCAGGGCUUUCACUACCGGCACCCCACCUGCUCCCAGAUAUCACCAUUCUGCCGUGGUGUAUGGAAGUAGCAUGUUUGUUUUUGGUGGCUACACCGGAGACAUCUACUCAAACUCUAACCUGAAAAAUAAAAAUGAUCUUUUUGAGUACAAGUUUGCAACAGGCCAGUGGACAGAAUGGAAAGUGGAAGGCAGGUUACCUGUGGCAAGAUCAGCUCACGGGGCUACAGUAUACAAUGAUAAGCUCUGGAUUUUUGCUGGCUAUGAUGGAAAUGCCAGGUUGAAUGACAUGUGGACUAUCAACCUUCAAGAUCGCGAGCAGGCAUGCUGGGAGGAGAUUGAGCAGAGUGGCGAAAUCCCACCCUCCUGCUGCAACUUCCCUGUAGCCGUCUGUCGGGACAAGAUGUUUGUGUUUUCUGGUCAGAGCGGAGCCAAGAUCACCAAUAACCUGUUCCAGUUCGAGUUUAAAGGCAAUAUGUGGACCCGCAUCCCUACGGAGCACUUGCUGCGUGGCUCCCCCCCGCCCCCUCAGAGGCGAUACGGACACACCAUGGUGGCUUUCGACCGCCACCUCUAUGUCUUUGGCGGGGCAGCUGACAACACGCUACCCAACGAGUUGCACUGCUACGAUGUGGACUCACAGACAUGGGAGGUUAUCCAGCCCAGUGCGGAUAGCGAGAUGCCCAGUGGCCGCCUCUUCCAUGCAGCCGCUGUCAUCCACGAUGCCAUGUACAUCUUUGGGGGUACAGUUGACAACAAUGUGCGCAGUGGGGAGAUGUAUAGGUUCCAGUUCUCCUGUUACCCAAAAUGCACGCUGCACGAGGAUUAUGGCAAACUGUGGGAGAACCGGCAGUUUUGUGACGUGGAGUUUAUUCUUGGGGAGAGGGAGGAGCGAGUGCUGGGACACAUUGCCAUAGUGACGGCCCGAUGCCGUUGGCUGAGGAAGAAGAUCCUACAGGCCAGGGACAAGCAAAAGCAGAAGUGUAAACAGGAGGGCCCAGAGGAGGCAGAAGUGGGGCCCAUAGGGAGCCAGAAGGAGAGCCUAGGCGGAGCCAGAGCGUCCUUGGGCUCGGGGUCAGGGUCGCAGCCCUUGCUGGAGGUCAGCAUCCGAGAGGCAGAAGCCCAGCCCUUCCAGGUCCUGAUGCAGUUCCUGUACACUGACAAGAUCCAGUACCCACGCAAAGGUCAUGUUCAAGACGUUCUUCUGAUCAUGGACGUCUAUAAGCUGGCCCUGAGUUUCAAGCUGUCGCGGCUGGAGCAGCUGUGUGUUCAGUACAUCGAGGCCUCGGUGGACCUGCAGAAUGUUCUGAGCGUGUGCGAGAAUGCCAGCAAGCUGCAGCUGGACCAGCUCAAGGAACACUGCCUCAACUUUGUCGUGAAGGAGUCGCACUUCAACCAAGUGAUAAUGACCAAGGAGUUUGAGCGCCUGUCUACACCACUGAUUGUGGAGAUCGUUCGCCGCAAGCAGCAGCCCCUCCCGAGGGUGUACUCAGAACAGCCUGUCGAUAUUGGAACAUCCCUAGUACAAGACAUGAAGGCUUACCUGGAAGGGGCGGGGCUUGACUUCUGUGACAUCAUCCUACUUUUAGAUGGACACCCCUGUCCUGCCCACAAGGCCAUACUAGCUGCCCGCUCCAGCUACUUCGAGGCCAUGUUCCGCUCCUUCAUGCCCGAGGACGGCCAGGUGAACAUCUCCAUUGGGGAGAUGGUGCCCAGCAAGCAGGCCUUUGAGUCCAUGUUGCGCUACAUCUACUACGGAGAUGUCAACAUGCCCCCUGAAGAUUCCCUAUACUUGUUUGCCGCUCCGUAUUACUAUGGAUUCUCCAACAACAGACUGCAGGCCUACUGUAAGCAGAACCUUGAGAUGAACGUCACUGUGGAGAAUGUUCUGCAGAUCUUGGAGGCAGCAGACAAGACUCAGGCCCUGGACAUGAAGAAGCACUGCCUGCACAUUAUCGUCCAUCAGUUUAUCAAGGUCUCCAAGCUCCCAAACUUGCGGGCUCUCAGUCAGCCGCUACUACUGGACAUCAUCGAGUCACUAGCCUCUCACAUAUCAGACAAACAGUGUGCGGAGAUGGGCUCCGACAUAUAGCUAGUGCUUUAUUAGUGCCUACUGUCAUUUCUGCGUAUUGUGGUUUUUCUGUUCGCUGUCCAUGUACCAGCUCUUCCCCGGCCCCCAUAUAUAAAUGGCUGCCUCCUUUCUCCCUUGUAUUGUAAACCAUUAUUUUAUAACUUAGCUUGUUUUUUGUGUUACAAAAAAAGCAGUUAUCAAGUUUUCUUUUUAUUUCACAAAAGUUACAUUUAUAGGUAACCUGUGAGUGACGGUUUUUGUUUCUUUGGUAACACUGCAAAAAUUAUUUGAGGAUGUGGUAGUGAAGCCACAAAACUAAAAUGCAGUUACUUAAAUGUUUCAUGUCGAGGGACAUUUCUUGAAAUCAAUUCCGUAACAUCACAAAUUCUUAGAGCACGUGUCAUACAUUCCUACUUUCUCAUUUUUGUCCUAUUUUAACAAGGUUUAUUGAAAUUUGAGUUUGUUUUUGCAGUUUCUCAGUCAGCGUAUUCCGUUUGCCGUCCUCUAUUACCCUGAGUUGUAUUAUCACCUCAGUAAAAGUUUGUUUGUGUACCUCAUUUUGCUGCCAGCUGUGUAUUCUGUAAUCACACAUAGCGGAAAAGAGUUGUCUGUAAUAAAGUAUAAAAAUAAUGUGCAAAUUGUAUGACAGUGUUACUUUUGUGUAUUAUAUGCCUUAAUAAAUUAAGACUGUUGAA